UAUCACAUUAGUUAAUGUGAUUUAAUUUGUAUGUUAGUAUCACAUUAAUUAAUGUUUAGGUAAAAGAAUUUUUUUUUUUUUAAAAAAGGCGACUCAACUUGUGCCAUGUUUCUCUGAACUCCUCUCCAAACAAGCCAUUGGAGUGAACCCAAUCAGAGCUGAAACAGUUCAUCGCCAUGGCGGCAUCCUCCUCUUCCACGGUCGAUGAACUGCAACCACAGUAUCAUGUGUUCAUCAGCUUUCGUGGGGUGGAUUUGCGCCAUGGAUUCGUCAGCCAUCUUGUAAGAGCCUUGAUAAAUCAAAGAAUCAACGUCUUCAUCGACAACUCUGAAGUCAGAGGCCAACUUCAAGAAGGUGUCCUUUCGAGGAGAAUAGAAGAGUCGAGAAUCGCUCUGGUUAUCUUCACCUCCAAUUACACCGAGUCACCUUGGUGCUUGCAAGAGUUGAAAAAGAUCAAGGAACGUGUGGAUGAAGGCAAAAUGGUGGCUAUUCCCAUCUUCUACAAGCUGGAGCCAUCCACCGUGAGACAUAUGAAGGGAGAAUUUGGCGAUGCAUUCAGGAACCUGGUGAAAAGUUUUGCUGAGGAGAAAAAGAAGUGGAAGGAAGCUUUGACGUCGAUUCCUGAGUUAAUGGGCAUCAUAGUGCACGAGCGAAGUGAUGAGGUCUCUGCCAUCAAUGAAAUUGUGGAAGGCGUUGAAAAACUGCUACGCUACACUUCAUUAGCGAUUUCUUCUUCAGACGCUAAAACAAAUGCUGAUUUCUUUGACAGUUUUCAUCAAUUUCCGCGGAGAUCAGCUGCGCAAAAAUUUCAUCGGCUAUCUUGUGGAUGCACUUCGGAGAAGUGAGAUCAACGUCUUCAUAGACGACCAGGAGCAUAUAGGUGAAGACCUCACCAAUCUUUUCAAGAGGAUCGAGGAUUCUGGGAUUGCCAUAGUUGUGUUUUCUAGCAGGUACACGGAAUCCAAAUGGUGCUUGGAAGAGCUUGUGAAGAUUAAAGAACGUGUGGAACAAGGCAGGCUCAAGGUGAUUCCCAUCUUCUACAAGGUGAGUCCAACCAAUGUGAAAAGACUUAAGGGAGAAUUUGGUGACAAUUUUAGAGACAGAGAGUGGGAGUUUGAGUCUGACGAACCUAAGAUUAAGCGAUGGAAAGAGGCGUUGGCGGUUGUUUCCCGUAAGUUUGCCCUGACUUUCGAUGAGCAAAGCGCAUUAGAGAUUGAAUUCGUUAAUAAUAUCGUCAAGGAGGUCUUGAAAAUGCUACAAGACAUUUACACAAUGGAAAGAAGUCAAUCCUCUCGUUAACCUUUUGUUGUGCGGAGAAAAGCAAGCUGAAGCUACACGAAAGCUCAGCAAUCCUGACGUUCGCGUAAAACGUUUUUGUUUUAUAACGUGUAACAAACAUUCAGUUCAACGUUGAAACCACCUAAUCUUGUUUAAGUUUGGUUUGUGAAUCUGAUAUUAAAUGGAUGCAAUCGUUGAUGCAAAUCCAAUGGC